AUGUCAGAUCCCGCCCCCAUACUUAUAUCUGGUCUGCCGCGAGGUUACCUGGUUUCGUCUUCUCUAAGCACACUGCGCCACGAGGCAUACCGGAUCAUCGAGUGGUUUAAAGACCAUACCAGCGGCAAUCAGUGGAUUGUGGUUCUUGACCUGUCACCAACACUAAUUGAAACCCUUACAACCGACCGCAACGCGCUUAACGGUGUCACAUAUCGCUUUCAAUGGGAGGGCCCAACUGGCCUCAUCAAGGUUGUCCCCAGAGGAGAACAUGAGAUCGCGAUAUCACAGUUCACCACGGUAAUCCACGAUAAACUCAAAGCUAUGGGCCUCCCCCGUAGAGAGGUGGUUUGGGUUGGUUCUAAAACAUACCACUCUGGGACAAAAGGGAUGGAAGCUGACAACUCAUACUUGCCCCCAUCUCGCCAUGCACGACCCAUUGAAAACGCAGGCUACCCAUCACUUGUGAUUGAAACAGGUGUCUCUGACUCGCUUGAUCAGCUGCGUCAGGAUGCGCGCAAAUGGUUCGCGGACUCAGGGGGUGACGUCCGGAUCGUCAUCCUUAUCCAUAUGAGGAAGGAUAUUGUGUGCUUCGAGCAGUGGCAGUUGGCACCGAGUACUGCACCCCGUCCGUUAACCAAGAGAUACAUCGAUAGCAUCUGCGCACAAACACCCAACAUACCACUUACCGGACAACCGGCACAACUCCAGCAAGUCUACUGUGUCAGCCAAGUUGAUGUCACCAGAGACUUUGUUGCCGGAACGAAUGUUAUAAAUGGGGCUCCUAUGGUCCUCCCUUUCAUUGCAAUCCAAGAUCGCCCUCCAGGUCCAGGGGAGUGGGAUAUCGUGGUAGGGGAACAAGAAUUUGAUGAGAUUGCAGAUUUGUUGCUCUGA